AUGCUCGACCUCCAUUUGAAGAAUGUGAGAAGUCGGCAGCCCCCUGUCCCCAAGCGCGAUCAUGAAGCUUGUUGGAUCGAAAGGCCUCCAACAAUCGCCCAAAUGGGCCAGAUGAGAGGUGACGCAUCACAGCCGUUUGUUGCACUCCUAGACCAGCUCCUCAAGCAGCACCUUACCGAGCUCGCACAGCUAGGGCCGAGGGACCUUCCUGGCAAUUCCGUUGUCGGGAACAACAAGAGGCGACCCUCGAGUAAUGCUGUGAGAAUCGCCAAGGAGGUCCACAGUCCGACGGGAUGUUCCGAGGCCUCUGAGGCGUCGGGCAAGAGUGAGGCGAGCGCAGUCUCGCAAGCUUCACAAGCUGCAGGAGACAAAGCCAAGAAGACGAGGAAGAGCGCCAUCCCCGCCAUGCUGGACCAAGGCAGCGAGUUCUUCGACAAAGAACUGCAUGACCAGUUUAUGAACAGCUUGAACGAGCCGGAUGACGAGAUGGAGAAUCGGGCGCCGGAUCUUCGAAACCUACUCAGUGGAGAUCACUCGGAGGAGUACACUUCGGAGGAGCAGCGCAAGUCCAAGUGGAAGCGCUUGAAGGCCUUCUUGCAGUCGGCGCGUUACGAGAUGUGCGUUGCAGGACUGCUGUGUCUCAACGUGCUCUGGAUGGCCUGGGAACUACAAGUUUCAGGGAACCUUGUGGGCUUUAACCUCGGCGUUUAUGUGUCCACGGACAUCAACAGAUCAGAUUUUCCAUCCUGGGAGCUCUUCUUCACUGUUGGCGAUCUGGCCUUCACUGUUCUGUUCACGCUGGACGUCGUGAUCCGAAUACUCGUGCUGCGGUGCAAGUUCUGGAAGGUUCCUUUGAAUUACAUCGACGUAGCAGUCAGUUUGACUUCAAUCUUCGAGGUUGCUGUGUACUACGGGAAUGCUUUUCCUGUGAACCCCAUCUUAUUUCGACUCCUCCGGAUCGGGAAGCUUGCGCGUGCCAUCCGCAUGGUGACCAUGAACAGCGUGCUCGCAUCGCUUCAGUUGCUCAUCAAAUGCAUCGGCGCCAGCGCGAACAUGCUCUUUUGGAGCUUUUGCCUCCUCACCUUCGUGCAGUGCGUGGCUGGAAUGGUGGCCAGCACCCUCUGUCGAGAGUUCAUCAGCGACGAGAGCCAGAACGGCGAUCUUCGGGAGGAAGUCUUCCGCUUCUAUGGCACAUUCACCCGCACGUUCCUCACCAUGUUUGAGAUCCUCUUCGCUAACUGGAGUCCAGCUUGCAGAGUUCUCGUGGAGAACAUCAGUGAGUGGUUUUCCAUCUUCUUCCUCCUCUACCGAUGUGUCCUUGGGUUUGCCGUUCUCAAUGUCGUAAAUGCGGUGUUCGUGCAGCAGACCAUGAAAACGGCGAGCUCGGACGAAGAACUGGCGUUCAAGCAGAAGGAGCGCGACGUGGCGCUCUACACUCGCAAGGUGAAGAAGCUGUUUCAGAGUAUGGAUUCGUCUGGCGACGGUAGUAUCAACAAGGAGGAGUUUGCCAAGCUUGUCAACUCGCCAAUGCUCAAGUUCUGGAUGGGGCAGCUUGAGUUGGAGUACCAUGAUUUGAUGAGCCUCUUCGAGUUCCUGGAUAAUGGAGACGGUGAAAUCACCUUGAUGGAAUUCAUCGAAGGAGCAGCGCGGCUCCGGGGUGGUGCGAAAGCCUUGGACAUCUGGCGCAUUGAGACGAAGCUGGAGGUCCUUUUCGCAGAGGUGUUGGGCGCCGUGAGAGGCGACAAGGACGUGCAGCAUGUUUUUGAGAAUUCUACGUACCAGCACAUCAAGGCCACGGACGAUCGGCGUCGGCAAUCAAUGUCCGAGUCGAACCCGCCCGAUCUCGACGAGAUAAGACACACGUGUUCCACAACACCGACGAGAAGCGCAACCAGCCCUAUCCCUGUCCGCGAAGUUUAA